AUGGGGAAAGUGUGUGCAACAAUGGAGGGUAUGAAAAUACCUAGGGAAGAAGACAAAAAAGGCGACGGACUCGAGCUGAGUUUGGAGUUGUCCAUAGGCGGUGGCCGGUACGGAAAAUCGGAGAAUUCUCCAAUGGCCAAAACACGCGACCCGAUUUCGAGAUCCGGGUUCUCAUUCGGGUGCGGGUCGGGGGAUCCGCAUAGGAGGAGGGAGAUUCAGGCAGCGAAGAGGCAGGAGGCGCGCCACAAGAGGGAGGAGAAGCUGAAGAAAUCGUCAAUGGCGGAUGAUGGUAACAGGCUGUGUUUGGAGGCGCGGAGAUCCCAAUCCAGGGUUCGGGACAGGGAAGCUAGAGAGAGAGAGGGUUUCUCGGAGGAGAGAGAGAGGAACAAGACCGCGGCGAAUGGGCUGAGCCUGUCCCUGGGCACCGAGAACAAUAAAAUGGAAAUGGUGGGAAGGGGCUGUUUGUUUCCAAAUCCUGCCCCCGGGAAUGGAUUCGCUUAUCCCUACGGCAUUCCGUCUUUGGGGCUAAGUGUCGGGGGAGGAGAGAGAAACGAUGGGAAUAAUGCGGUCCGUUCCGUUUCUUGUAGGAAUCGGAAUCGGAAUUUGUCGCUAGAUUGUGAUUCCGAGUAUAGUAAUAAUGGGCUAGAUGAUAUUGGAAGCUGGAAUUUAGCGGUGCCAAACAGGUCCUUGGUUGAACAAGGUUCUUCCGCUGUUUCUGAUUAUCCCACAACUUCCCACAAAGGUGGGAGUAGCAGCGAAACUGGAAGCCACUCCAGCCCGUAUAUUUACCGAAAUGCCCUGAAUCAUGCCAAGGCCAAAAGCAACGACUCAUCCACUCAGGCAAAGCUAGAAAAGUUGUUAAAAUCGGAACAAACCAAUAACACAUGCUCCCCAUAUGAUCUGAACCAAGCAUCUUCUUCUAUGAUGAAAGAGACAGGUGUCAGUCCUAUCGAAAAACAUCCUAGUCCACCGAACAACAACAAUAGCCUUAACCUAAACCUCAAUGCAUCUCCGGGCCUGCGUAAUAUGCCGUGUGUCUCGGCCACAGGAAACGGUCCCCACGGUAGAACGGUAACGGGAUUCUUGUAUAAGUAUAAUCAAACGGAGGUCAUUAUAAUGUGUGUUUGCCACCGGAGCUUGUUUUCUCCGGCGGAGUUUGUGGAGCAUGCUGGCGGUGUUGAUGUGUUGAACCCGUUGAGGCACAUUACCAUGAUAGCGCACCCUUGA